UUUUUUAAGCAAAUGAGUUCUGUCUAGAUAAACAUCGAUAUAAACAGGAAGCACAAAGCUACAUCUAGCAUACACAAUCACCACGCGUUCAUGCUUUCUUAUUCAGUUUCUUUGUUCAAAAAAAUCAUCAAUAUAUAAAAAAACAAUGUCUUCUUCAGGGGAAAACCUAGAAAAGUAUCGGAUUCCACUCCACGAAAUCCUGCGGGCCACAAGAAACUUCAGUUCUGAAACUCUGAUUGGAGAUGGUGGAUUCGGUUUCGUCCACAUAGGGCAACUCUCUGAAGAAUGGAAUGAACGCACAGUAGCCAUCAAACGCCUUAAUCGGGAUGGUGGUCAAGGAAACAACGAGUUCCGUAAUGAACUCGAGAUGAUUUCCAGUUUCCAUCAUCCAAACAUCAUUACUUUCAUUGGUUACUGUGAUGAGGCCAAUGAGAUGAUCAUAGUUUCCGAAUUUGCUAAGAAUCAAAGCCUUGAUCAUCAUCUCCAAACGCCGGAUAAGAUUCGUGGCUUAACAUGGGAACGACGUUUGAAGAUUUGCUUAGGUGCAGCAAAAGGGCUCAAGUACCUUCAUUCUGGCCUUGGGGAGGACAAAAGAGUAAUUCACAGAGACGUGAAGAGUGCAAAUAUACUUUUAGAUGAUAAUCUGGAAGCCAAAAUCUGUGAUUUUGGUUUGUCAAAAUUUGGUGCAAGAAAUCAAGAAGAUACCCAAAUUCAUACAAGGGUUGCGGGCACGAGGUUUUACAUGGAUCCGGUUUACAACGAAAGAAGCAGGCUCACCAAAGAGUCAGACGUGUACUCCUUUGGAGUGGUUAUGUUUGAAAUGUCAUGUGGGACACUGGUUUAUCGUGAAAAGUGCUUCGGAGAUGAUGAUAAGCCACAAUAUCUCAUUGAUGUUGUCCGAAGCGUCUAUGAUGAUGAAAAAAAGGCUGCGGGGCCAGACAAGUUAAUUGAUCCUUAUAUUAAAGAUCAUGCUGAUAUGAACUCUUUUCAUACAUUUAACAAAAUUGCACAUGAAUGUGUCAACCUGAAGUUAGAGCAACGCCCAACGAUGGAGAGGGUCAUAAGGAAGAUUGAACGGGCAUUCACAAUUCAAUUGAACCACAUCGAAUCAUCUACACGAAGCUUAGAAAGUUUUCUAAUUCCACUUGAGGAAAUAAACUUGGCAACUCGCAACUUCGAUCCGGAAACAUGUAUUGGAGACUCUGAAUAUGGUGCAGUCCACCGAGGACAACUCUAUGGACGGUGGCAAAACUGCACCGUGGUCAUCACGCGCUUGUAUCCAAAAAAGUACUUAAACUGGAACCAAGAUUUUAAGAAGGAGCUCGAGAUGAUUUCCAAUCUUCACCAUAAAAACAUCUCCCGUUUCAUUGGUUAUUGUGAGGAAGCCAAUGAGAGGAUUAUAGUUCAUGAAUAUGCUGUUAAUGGAAACGUUGCUAAUUAUAUUGAAAAUGUCAAGAAUAAGUUGCCUAAACUAACAUGGGCACAACGCCUGAAGAUUUGCCUAGGGGCAGCAAGAGGACUCCAGUGCAUUCAUUUAGCUCUUGGGGUUGACAAUAGAGAAACAGGGGGUAACAUUAACUGUGAAAACAUAUUGUUGGAUGAAAAUAUGGAAGCCAAAAUUUCUUUUUUUGGUUUGUCAAGACAAAGUCCCACAUACCACAGACCUUACGACCAUAUAUCAGACAGGUUCUCAUUUGGCGUAAUAAUGUUUGAAAUACUGAGUGGACGUCGGGCUGGUGAUCUAGACAAAUAUGUUGACCUAGAAGAGCAAUUUGAUGAACUUCAAGAAUGUUACCGGAACAAUCAACUCAAUGUAUUCACUGAUGACUAUAUAAGAGAUAAAAUUGAUAGCCCUUGUUUGAAUACAUUAAUAGAUGUUGCAUAUAAGUGCAUAAAGAGGAGUUAUCCCAGGCACGUAAUAUUGGAUAAACUGACACGAGGCCGUGGGAGAGGGAGAUGGAACAGGAGAGGGGGAGUGCGACCUCACGUAACACGUAGUAGGGAUCUGCACUUUACAAUGAAUGAAGUCGUCGAGAUGAUUGAGGAUGCAGCCGAUUUAGAAGCAGAUGGAAACCACCCAUAAAGUGUAAUUUGGGUAUUUAUUCUGUUGUUAUCAAAGUAUGGCUAGAAAACAAAAAAUUGAAAUUAUAAUGCUUUAAAUAAUUGGAUUUUUUUUCUAUUUAAAAUGCAUGAAUAAGGAAAAAAAAUCGA